AUGCCCCCCCGCAAUGCAGCCAAGUCCAAAGCCGGCAGGAGUAAACGGGUGCCAACCGUCCCAGUGACCCCAGCUCCAACACAGGAGCUGGACACUACUCAUUGUCGCUUAACCCAGACCCAGUUGAAUAAUAUCUUGAUCAAGGAGGAAAGGGAUGAGACUGUGAAGGAAAUUAUGGAUGAACUGAUAAGCAAAGUCAUGGACGGCUGUUUAAAGGUGUAUGUCAUAAGCCAGCUAGAACCUUUUGCCGCAUGUUGGGCCAAGAACUACCUCACACAGAUUUUAGAGCAACAAAUCAUGUGCCCGGAUGAGGGAGAAGGACCAGAGGAAGCAUCUAAAACUGAAGACUCAGAGCCCAUGCCAUCACUCAUUGACUCCUGGGCUCAAGGAUGUGUGCCUGUUGUCAAUGCUCUGCCUCCAUUUUCUUAUCCUACUUCUGCACAACAGGAGGCUGACGCCGUUCAGGUCCCUGCACAAACAGGACCAGGAGACAACCAGCAAUGUGAUGCAAUGGCCCAAACAAAAAGCUCUCCAAAGCAACCUGACAGGGAAACAAGCCCCCGGAAACCUGUCAAUAACACAUUUGAUCACUCAUCCUUGCCUCGACAUGCCAUCUUUCCUGAGUAUGAGAUCAUUGAGAGUGACCAAACAAAACCCAAGCCCAAGAAACCAAGUCGAUUUUCCAAACUGGUGUAG